UCGAUUUCAGUUUCCACAUGCAUCUAUUCACAAAUCUGCGGCGUUGAACGGCAGCAAAGUCACCACGCGGCGGAUUGAUCACCUCGUCUGUCAGUUUGGAGCAACUUGUUGCGCAGCUGCUAUUUCUAAGCUCCUCUGUGGUCCAGUGCUGCGGGGGGACAGGAGCUGCUCUUACUCAGCAGCACACAGGCGCACAGGCGCUGCUCUGUUUUGAGCUUCAUCGGUGAUUUUUCCUGUGAGGAAAGAGGAAUGGAUAAAGCGGUGGCUUUAAGAACAAGGCUAUAAGAAGAUGAAGCUUUGGUGUGGAUUUUCAUAAAGUCCUGUAGCCUGCAGUGAAUUUUCCAGUCUCUUUAAUAUGAUCUCAGAGACAGGUGAUGCGAGUCAUGAGCUGGACGCGUCCUUGCCACGGACUAGACUGGAGCCACAGCUUCCUCUACCUGACUUUACUCCUGUGGAGCAGGCGUGUGAGUGGACUGGCUGACUUCUCAAACUACCUGUCCAGGAUCAUCACCAGCCACUCUGCUCAGGCAUGUGACGGACAGCCUCUGCGUCUCCACUGUCCACGUCACUCCACCAUCUCCAUCCAGUCUGCCUUCUACGGGAGUGGUGAUGCACGUCUGUGCAGCGCAGACCUAGACCCUUCGCUCAGAGCCGGCAACCACAGCUGUUCAGCUUUUACUGCUCUACAGAAGCUGCUGUCAGAGUGUCAGAGCCACAGAGACUGCCAGCUGCCUGUCAACCACCUGCUGUUUGGGAAGGACCCCUGCCCUGGCACUACCAAAUACCUCCACGUGGACUACAAGUGUAAACCAACUGAACACAAAAGACAUGUGGUGUGUGAGGGGGAGAUGAUGACCCUGCGCUGUAAGCCCCCCAAGCUUCUGAACAUCUAUGCAGCUGUCUAUGGGAGAAGUCUGGGCCAGACCGACAUCUGCCCCUCACACCUGACGAGACCACCCCCAUUUGAUUGUCUGAACCACGAGGCCGUACACUUGGUGUCCAAAUCCUGCUACAGCAAACAGAAGUGUGCUGUUGCUGUCAGCAACCAGACCUUUAGGGACCCCUGCUUUCCAGGAACCAGGAAGUACCUCAGUGUGGUCUAUUCUUGUGUAGUACCGAAAACUUUAUUAAGAGAGGCAGACCCUUCCAUGUUCACCUCCACCUCAUCUCCUGCUGUGGAUACAGAAAAAGCUCCUCCUGCAGAUCUGGAGCAGCCUUUCCCCAAAGGGUCAAGAAGACCAGACAACUCAGGAGCGAUGAUGAGCAACUCUCUCCUGACUUACGCCUACAUUAAAGAGCAUCCAGAAAUGGCAGCGCUGCUGUUCACCUCCAGCGUGUGUAUUGGCCUGCUGCUCACACUGCUGGCUGUGUCAGUCCGGGUGACCUGCAGAGGGCACGGGCUCAAAGAUCACAGACUCACACCCAAGUCUCGAAGCCAGGCUGUUAACCUGGAGGAGGAUGAUGACGACGAUGAUGAGGAAGAAGAAGAUGAUGAGGAACAGGGAACAUACAGCUCUCUAAUCUCAGCCGCAGACAGGAAGGCGAUACAUGACUGGGAGGAAGUGACUUAUGUGAGCGAGGCAGCUGAGCGGGCGGAGAGGAUCGAGCGCAGGGAUAUGAUCAUACAGGAGAUACGGAUGAAUGCCUAUCUGAACGGCAGCUCAUGUUAACUACACUCUGACUUAAUGGAUGCUUUUCACACCUUUUUUCAGGAUCCUCUGCAGCAGCUCCCAGCCUUUGAUUAUUAACAAGAGACUUUUUUUUACAUUGUAAAGCAGUUUGUUGUGUGUUUUGCCAUUUUCUGCAGGUCAGUUUGUGAAGAAUGUAAUGUCUGGGUGAAACUCCAACAGCAGUUAAAGGGUUAACAGGGUUUAAUGAUUUAAAAUGGGUGGUCACAUAAAUUCUGUAUUUGUUUAAAUGUUGUAUUUUUUCACAUCCACCACCGAAUGAAGCUCGGACUUUGGGUUGAAAUACAGUACCACAAAAAGGGUAAAAUCACUGGUCUUGAAGGAAGUCACACAGCUGCCGUUUUAAAUUUAAGUUAACUCAGUUUUAUUUCUAUAUCACAAAUCUGCCUUUACAAUGUGUACAGUAUAUGGGAAAACUCCCCAAAAUACCUCUUCAAUGGGGAGAAAAAAACAAAAGAAGUUGUUAUUUAGAGAACUUGUAUCAAGAUGUGGUUCAUUAUGUAAAGGUUCAACCACAGUAUCCAGGCGAAAAACAGGGGCUAAUGCAGUUUUUAACAGUGCCUGCUGCUACAGUGAGUUGCUGUUAAAGUUGACCAACCAAUGCAGUCAGUGGUGUAUAUAUUUGCCCCAACAUCACAAGGACAGGCUGGUGUUGCUUUAAAUUUAGUAAGAAAGUGAUCUGACAUUGCAUAAUAGAGACAGUAAGAGGAUAAAGGUGGUCUGUGGAGUACCACAAGAUGGAAUAAUAGGAGUGUGUUGAUCUGGAACCAGCAAUUCAUAGAUGAUGGAAAAGGUUUUAAUGUAAAAUUAACUGAAUUCAGUAUCAAGCUUUAAGGUCAAAUUGACAAUAGACUAACAGAUUAAGGCAACAGCCCUACCUUAGUUAGUAAUUUGAGCAACACAUCCAUUGGUGUAGUCAUAUGGGGAAGCUUUGUGCAAUGGUUUAAACCACCUUGUAAGACUUUUUAAUUCAUGGGCCACAUACAGCUGUUACACCCCAAAGUGGCCCUAUGGGGCGAACAACACUCCAUCUCUGACCCAAAAUAACCACACAAGACACCUUAUAAAAGAUUAAAUCCAUGCAAACAAGACAAUAAUAAUUCCAGGCAGAGAGGCAUCAACAUCUCCUCUGCUGCAGGAACAGGAGCUUUUAAGCAGCUUCUUCCCAGGCCAGGUGCACCUCACUGAGCAAUGCACUUCGUUUGGUGAUGCAGCACACCUGGGCAGAGCUGCAGGAGAAAAAAAAGGGACAACACCACACAACACACAUACAGCAGUGACAACAGCGCAAAUUGAUCUCAGGUGAUCCGGACCAGUAAAAUCAUUGCAUAACAACCUAUAAAUAACAGCACCUUCAAUCUUUUCCCUUUCUGUUGAGCAGCAAUUAGAUUACACUGAUUAGAAGAAGACGCUUUAUAAUAUUUGUAGAAAAUGUUAGAGGUCUGCAGAAGCAACUAUGUGGAGGUACAAUUGUGGUUACCUUAAAUAUUUUAGUUUCAACAUUUAAGGUAAUCUAAGGCACUGUUUUGUAUGGACUAAUCCUUUAGGGGACAAAUAGCAGCUUUAUCAGUGACACUGACAAUAUUACUACAAAGCAAAGAACAUUUCAGGGACAGUGAUCUGCCAUAAUACCUUCAGUUUUUCUAGAGGGAUCACAAUACACAGUUGUUCCCAACUCCCUCUGGGUUUUAACUCAAGAAUGAAGCCUUUUCAUCACGGUCAUAUCUGAGGCUUAAUAAGAGUCAAGUGUUGCUUUCCCUAACAAAAAUAGCUGCAGUAAAGUGUUUUCCUAACCAUAUUACUUCAUUAGUGGUUGUUGUAGUUACCAUCUGUUCACACUGUAGAUCCAGAAUAUUUCUUUCCAAUUUGAAUGCACUGCUCCUUGAAAUGCUCCUCUCUGAAUCACUGCAUCAGCUGUCAGCACGUACAAACAGUUCAACCUUUCAGUGAACGAAACACUCUGAACUCUACAGCUUCCUUGUCCGUGCUUGGACAAGAGCUGGAACGAUCAUCUAGUAUGUGGCAACUUCCUGCCUCAGAGCAGCUCCGACUCGCAGAGGUGUGUGUGUGUGUGCGUGUGUGUGUGUCAGUGACGGGAGACAAAGAGAGGAAAGGUGUUGCAUCCUUGUCCCUGCAAUCCAAGGGUUGUAAAACUUUUCCAGUUGAUUCACUACCUCUUAAUAUUGUUGAAUGUCAACCCACAAAAACCGCUCUAUUUGAUUUUUUUCCCCACACAAUAACGACAGAAAGUACAUUUACAUUGAGCUUUAAUUUUUUUCACAGCAUCAAUUUAAUUAUAACUUUACAACAGGGUGAAAACAACUGGUAAAUGAACACAGGCAUCAGAUUUAACUUCAAAUAAACAGGUUUAUCUAA